AUGUAUUAUGAGAUUCUACUUAUAUUCUUAGUUAUCAUAAAUGAAUGCAAAACUUUUGAUGUUCCAUGCUCUCAAAAGCUCAUAAGAAGUUCAUGUACAUAUGAUGAAGAGUGUUAUGGAUUGAAUACAGUAUGCAGAAAAGGAAGAUGUACAUGUCCAACAAACUUUGAAGAAUAUGAUUUGAAUGAUAAAACAGCUAUCUGUCGAUUAGCUCCAUCGAAAAUAGGCGAUUCAUGUCAAAGAGAUUGUAAGCCUCCUCUACUUUGUCGUGAUGGCAGAUGUGAAUGUUUUGGCGGAACAGUCAUUAAUGGAGAAUGUUCUGUCGCAUGCCCAGCAGGCCAACAGCUGUAUGGAGUCGAAUGCCAAAGAGUUGCUCAUUAUAACCAAUAUUGUGAAAAAGAUAGUCAUUGUGUUGAUCCAUUCAAUUCAUGCAUAUCCGGCACUUGCCAAUGCUCUCCUGGUACAACAAGAGACUUAAUGAGUGGAAAUUGCAUAGCAGUUUGCCCAGAUGGUAUGCAUCCUAGACAAUCAUGUCGUCGACUCUUCAUCAAUGAUAUUGAUUUACUGGAAAGUGCGGCAAGCACAGACAGUUGUCCAUUAGGAUUUCGUUGUGUGACCUAUGGUAGUCCUUACGUAGGACAUUGUUGUCGACUACGAUGCCCAUAUGGCGAGCCUGAUUUAGGCCAAUCUUGUGAUUCGGGUGCUUCUAUAGAAUCGAAAUGUCGGCCGCUCACUCAUUUCUGCUAUACAAUAAGCUCACCAGGUUCAAAAUCAUCAUUAUGUUGUCCAAGACCUUGUCGAGAUCCUACCCCUCUCUAUGUAAAUGGCCAAUGUCUUUCUGUAGCUCAUAGAGAUGAUCCUUGUCAAAUCGAUCAACAAUGUGAAGGAGGAAUAACUAUGUCAUGCAUAGCUGGUACAUGCAGAUGCAAAGUGGGAUUUGAAAUGACAAAUGAUACACGAUUUCCAAGUUGUCAAAAAAUUUGUGAAAGCUUAAAUGAAAUAUCAGCAAACGAUAAAUGUUUACGUAAAGCAAAGUUAGGAGAGAGAUGUCUGUCAUCAGCUCAAUGUCCAAACUCUGCUAAAUGCGGUUUCGGUUUCUGUCAUUGUUUGUGCGGAUAUCAACAAACAAUGGAUAACAUACUUGGAGCUCGUUGUACAAAUCCAGAAGAUCCAUUAAGCUUAAAUACUAUCCUAACAGGUGUUGAGCAGCUAUUUGGAAAACGAAAAUCAGAAUAA